AUCGUCAGCGUCACGAGAUGUUGCAAUUCUUCGAGGCAGCUGUAGAUCGAUGUAGGGGCAGUAAAUUGGAUCAGGUGAAGAGAGUAUUGCCUAACUGUAGUAUGAGCGCACAUCUUUCGACGCAAGUCCUGCAACACUUUCACACAUCAAGUAGAAGUGGUGAAACGCUUUGGACAUGCGGGCAAAUUUAACCGAUGAAUUCCGCAUUUUAACUGACAGAAAACGGAUCUUCGAAUAACGAUUUGCGUGGCCCUUGGGUAUGACCUUUGCAUAUAUAUGUAGUUAUCACAAGGAAAUAAUAUGAUUUCUAUUGAUCGAUAUAUUCAAGAAAGAAAUAGAAUUUUCUCUAAACAGACCUCUAUACAAUGUUUAAUAGGAUAUUAUAUUAAUUAGAAUGAAAGUAUAGAAUGACCCAAUGAAACGGUAAUACGGAGUACGCAUAUGUGCAUAUAUGAAAAAUCACUUUUAUAGAAAAAAAAUUAUGAUUGGUAGAUAGGCAAGUAUUAAGUCGAACCGAUUAGAAAAACCAACGAAUCCUACUAUUCCACGCUUAUACAGUCGAUGAAAGUACUGUUACAAUAAAUCCAUGACGCAACUUUGCAUAAUGUAUCCCUAUCUCGUGCAGCAUCCUACGUUGCCACCAACCAUGAAGCACUGAUUGCAUAAAAACAUUGCAUAUAAAGGGGGGACGGACAUAGGUACAUGCUUGAGAGCAUCGUCUCGACAAUGAUAACACUCGAAGCGAUCUGAUUUAUAAUAAUCGAAGAAAACGGAAGAAAAAGAAGAAGUAGAAGAAGAAAUCUUGCUUGUUAGCACAUCGAGCUUCGAUGUUUCGCUUCUGUUACCGCAUUCGACACGCAUCGAGUUCAUCCUCCUCUUUAAUGAUCUCUUAAAUCGAAAGUAGGUGACUUGGAUCUUAAAGUUAACAGUCGAACCAUUUCAAUUGGACGUACAUCUAUUUUAUGAAAGUGAAUCCUUCUUGCGUAUGGUCCAUGGAGUCAAAGGUCAUCGUCUCUUGUGAAAUAAUCCUUCAAGACGCAAGGAAGAUCUUUCUUCCUUGCCAAAAACGAUUUAGCCCUUGAACGAUGCUUCGGGCGUAAGCGUUUGACGAAGAUAUUGUAAGUCCAUCCCGGAUAUUAAGUUCAAUGAGGCUUCCGUCGGGUUUCCUUGUCUUACAAUUAAAUUAUUACAUCUUAUAAAAAAAUAUAUAUAUUAUAUAUAUUUAGAUAUAUCGCAUAUGUUUUAAAAUGAACGUUAUUAUGAAAUAUCGUUCGCACAAUUUACCGUAAAUUUCUUUUAUAAAUCGCUGAAAAUAACGCUUGUAAGAAGGAUUGAAGGAUAACUUAAUAGGAUCGUGCAGAGUAAGAUGGGAGUAUACGAUCGAUGUAUUAAUAAUUACUUCCGUAAUCGAGAUAUCUCAAGUGGUGCAAUAUUUCGGAGUACAUAAACAUCUCGUGGGAUGCUGUCGCGCUUUCUCCCCUCAAUUUCUUUUACGAUUCAUCUCGCGUGACUGAGCGCGUAAGUUACAUGUUUCUCCUGAAAAAAAAAGAAAAAGGAAAAAAAAAAGAAGAAAUUACACGAUUUUAUGUAAUUACGAAUCGCGUUCUUUUGUGCGAAAGAUAUUCCGUAACGCAGCGUCCAUUUUAUCAAAUAAUAAUGCUAACGAUAUUGUUAACAUUGAGUUAAUUAAUCUCUUAAAGACAUUACGUUAAAAAGUAUAUUUUAUAGUUAUUGACAUUUUAUACAAAUAUAUGUAAAUAUUUUUCUUUAUUUAUCUUAAAUAUUUUGUAAUCGCAUGAAGACGAGCCGAAGUUUCACUGUACAAGUGUUUCAUUUGAAACACUCUAUGUGCAUUCGAAUGCUCGAUUAUCCGAAUAAAACGAAGCGAUCUUGGAGCAGACGUAAUAUGUAAGAUCGAUUGGUAACGAUACGAUACGGGAUUCGUAAUCCAUAAGAUAUAGGACAUAGGCUGCUUGCCUGGUUCGCAUCUUUAAUCCCACUCUUCUUCACCGUCACCGAGCACCGAUACACCACCGUGACAUAGUUAUACCGAUUCUCCUUGUAAAUCUUGCCGCUUGCACCAAACCAUGAUCCACAAACGCGGAUGAGUCUCGGUAUAUAUAAACCGGAUUAGAGACCAAAGUUUGUCAUUCACUCAUCGCUACCCCAUCCUGACAGAGGCUCUCUCUCAGGGAGAGCCUUAGGAGCAUCGACGUGCUAAAGCACCCUUGGAAAAGUAAAUAGUCUUGAGAAGACUUCAACGUUUUCCUCCAAAAGGGGAAAACGAAAGAUAUUCCAUCGAGCUCGUUAUUCCACGGAUCCGUACGUGUUCAACACGGAUUUAUACGUUACCAUAAAAAUGUUCAAGUUUGCGAUAGCGACCAUCAUCGUAGGUCUGGCUUUGGCACGGCCAGAACCUCCUGUAAACUCUUACUUGCCUCCUGGUGCAAAUGGUGGUCAAGGUGGAAACGGAGGUGGUUUUGGUGGACCUUCCAGCGAAUACGGUCCUCCAGGAUUUGGCGGAGGAAACGGUAGGGGUAACGGAAGACCACCGAGUAGUAGCUACGGUGCUCCCGGAGGUGGAAAUGGAUUCGGUGGAGGCAACGGCAACGGCAACGGCAACGGCAACGGCAACGGCAACGGCAACGGAAGACCGUCAAGUAGUUACGGAGCACCUGGAGGUGGUGGAAAUGGAUUUGGCGGAGGUUCGGGAAACGGGAGACCUUCCAGCAGUUAUGGGGCUCCUGGAGCUAACGGAAACGGAUUCGGUGGAAACGGCAAUGGAAGACCAGCGAGUAGCUACGGAGCACCCGGUGGAGGCAACGGAUUUGGUGGAGGUUCAGGAAACGGGAAGCCUUCUAGCAGUUAUGGCGCUCCAGGAGCUAACGGAAACGGAUUCGGAGGAGGCAAUGGCAAUGGAAGACCAUCGAGUAGUUACGGAGCACCCGGUGGAGGCAACGGAUUCGGCGGAGGCAACGGAUUCGGAGGAGGCAAUGGCAAUGGAAGGCCGUCGAGUAGUUACGGAGCACCCGGAGGUGGAAACGGCGGUGGAUUUGGAAACGGAAGACCUUCUAGCAGUUACGGAGCUCCCGGAGGUGGAAAUGGAUUCGGUGGAGGUCAACCAAGUUCUUCCUACGGUGUUCCUGGUGCUGGCGGUUCUAACGGAGGUAAUGGAGGCUAUGGAGGAGGAAAUGGAGCUGGUUACAACGGCAACGGACAGGAUGAAAGUAACGAACCUGCCAAGUACGAGUUCUCUUAUGAAGUAAAAGACGAUCAAUCUGGAGCUGACUUUGGACACACGGAGAGCAGAGAUGGCGAUCGUGCCCAAGGCGAAUUUAACGUUUUGCUUCCUGACGGUAGAAAACAAAUAGUUGAAUACGAAGCUGAUCAAGAAGGCUUUAAGCCUCAAAUUAGGUACGAGGGAGAAGCGAACGCCGAAGGAUAUCCUUCCGGUGGGCCUGGCGGUAACGGUGGCGGCUAUCCCUCCGGUGGACCUGGCGGUAAUGGUGGUAAUGGUGGUUAUCCCUCCGGUGGACCCGGCGGUAACGGUGGUAACGGCGGCUAUUCUUCCGGUGGUCCCGGCGGUAACGGAGGAAACGGUGGAAAUGGAGGCUUUGGACGAUACAACGGCGGUGGCAACGGUGGUAACGGUGGUAACGGUGGUUACUCAUCAAAUGGAUUUGGUGGUGGUGGUGGUAAUGGUGGAUAUCCUUCUGGCAGUGGCGGUGAUGCUGCUGCUAAUGGUGGAUAUCAAUAUUAAACGGAUAGUUAAAUAAUCUCGUAUUUUACUUAUAGAGAAAAUAAUACACCUUUUAAGCAAGAUGCGCGUUUAAUACGUGAGGUUGUCUAAAUUUGGCACGUCUUAAGGAAGAUCGAUGACGCACGGAAUAACGUGCUCUAGGACGAAGGGGUGAAAGGGAAGAGGAAGCGAAUGGAAUAGCGCGUCCGAAAGAUGAGUACAUCUUGCCCACGCGUGCUCUAAAUCCGAACAAUAAGAGAUAAUCGAACGUACGCGGCAUUGAGUAACGAGACGUCAUUACGUAACCUAAUGAAAAGGAAUCUUCUUUCAUUUACCAGUGCAAUUAAUCUACAGGCU